ACAGAUAUAGAUAGUGAUUGUGCCAGCAAACCCAAAAACCAACUGAAAUACUCUAUUCUGGAAAAUAUAUUCAAAUCUACAAUACAAUUUUGAGUUGUCUCUAUGUUCGUGCUCCAGUUCUCCACCAAGAUUCGGCAAAUUUGUCCUGAUCGUUUUUGCAUAAUCAUCGGACAUGCAGACAGACAGACAGACACUGACAAAUAUAACUUAAUUGACGAAGACCCUCUGAAAAUCAAGUGUUUAUUAUCUUGUUAGCAUGGCAGUGUAUUGAUGAUGGUCUUAGAAAUACAGAUUCAGACUUCCAGGGUUUCAUGUGUAACAAACCUAUGGAACAAAUACUGUCAGCUUGUAGGGUAGGGCUUCCUGUAAGUUUAUUUGUUUUUUUCCACUACAGGACCAGGUCAUUUUAGGGCAGCCUGAACCUUUGUGUGUGUUCUGACCACAAGAACUGCCCCUGUAGAACCUAUUUUAGGGCUGCUUUCUAUAGAUCUGCACAUUCUAGAAAGAGCAAUAGUGUGGAAUUACAUCUAAGUCACUUUGAGGGAGGAAGGGAUUAUUUCAUGUAAAAACAUCUAAAUUCGUAAGUCUGAUACACAGACAUGGGUUUUUAGGGAUUUGAGCAAUGAACUGAGAGGAACUUCAACAAAAAUAGCAUUACCACAUGGGGUGUAAAAGGUGUGAAGUAACUGAACAGUCGUACAAGUCUCAAAAUUGUGUUUUCGAUGUUAUUUCAGUACUCACAUCUAUUGCACUGCUAAAAGGAGGUACAGAUUCUUUUUUUUAGCCGCUACAUAAUUGGUACCAAAUUGCCCUUCUUCAAUAGACAUCUAGGAUGGAAUGAAAUAUUUUUGGAAAAACUGUAGCUUGUGAUUAACACUGAGUGUGUCCCACAGUCAUACUUUGUGUCAGACUACGACCCUACCAUUGAAGACUCCUACACCAAGAUCUGCACUGUGGAUGGAAAGGAGACCCGGCUGGAUAUCUUGGAUACAGCCGGCCAAGAGGAGUUUGGUGCAAUGAGGGAGCAGUACAUGCGCUCAGGAGAAGGCUUCCUACUGGUGUUUGCACUCAACGACCGGGGCAGCUACCACGAGGUCCAGAAAUUCCACACCCAGAUCCUAAGAGUGAAGGAUCGGGACGACUUCCCCAUGGUUCUGGUUGGAAACAAAGCUGAUCUGGAACAGCAAAGAGUGAUCUCCAGGGAGGAUGCUCAGGCAUUUGCUAGAGAGAACAGGAUCUAUUACAUGGAGGCUUCAGCCAAGAAUCGCUACAAUGUUGACGAAGCCUUCUUGGAGCUGGUGCGUAUUAUCAGAAAUUUUCAGGAAAUGGAAUGUCCUCCUCCUCCAACCCAUCAUACAGGGAAGCAGAAAAGUGGUAGCUGUCCCUGUGUUAUCCUCUAAGCAUUGCUACUGUGGACAUCAAAUCAGCUCUCUACAGCUCGUCCCAAAAGAUAUGUCUGAGACAAACAGAAAAUGAUUCAACAUUCACAAUAAAUUACAACAACCAAUCGCCAAACACUAUAUAAAACAAAAAAGAAAUACAUUAGAUUGAUUCGUGUCCAAAAGUGAUUCCCAUGUCCUUUAAGGAAAAAAAUUUAGAAAAACUUUAGAAUUGUUUUGAAAAGAGUCCAAAUCUGUCAAUUUUACAUAUUUCUUAUGUUCUACCAGCACACGUGCGAUAACGAGACUGAUAAAGAAUCACACCCCUGGCCUCUGUCCAUUUUUGAUUUGCUGCUUAGAUAAAUUGUCUUUGCUUGGCCAAAUAAAAGAUUCAGCAGUUUAUCUUCUUGAUUUUUUUCCAGAAGGAGAACAAGACAGACAGACAUCAUUAAAAGUCUAUGUUAAUAAAAUCACAUAAACCAUUUAGCUCCAAUACUGUCAUUUUAGUGUUCAAAAAGGAGCACAUCAGAAAUGUACAUAUAGCAUUAUAACUUGCUUGUGAAAUGUGUCACUCCCAAAGGCAUGCAGAACAUCCAUGUGUUGUCAUGUUUCACAACUUCCUGCAGGGGGCAGCAGAGAACCAGAGCAGAAUUAUUAUUUUGCUGCAUUACUUGGGGCUGCUCAGCGGCGUAGUGGUUAGCACUUUUGCCUUGCAGCAAGAAGAUUCCUGGUUCAAAUCCCGGGGUGGGCCUGGGAUCUUUCUGCAUGGAGUUUGCAUGUUCUCCCUGUGCAUGCGUGGGUUUUCUCCGGGUACUCCGGCUUCCUCCCACAGUCCAAAAACAUGCUGAGGUUAAUUGAUAACUCUAAAUUGCCCGUAGGUGUGGAUGUGAGUGUGAUUGUUUGUCUGUAUAUGUGGCCCUGUGACAGACUGGCGACCUGUCCAGGGUGUCCCCUGCCUUCGCCCGAGUCAGCUGGGAUAGGCUCCAGCACCCCCCGCGACCCUCGUGAGGAUAAAGCGGUGUAUAGAGGAUGGAUGGAUGGAUGCAUUACUUGGUGGACUUAUGUGACAAUGCUUUGUCUUUCUGUGUGCAGCAUUACUCAAAAACGGAUUUGGAUGAAAUUUUCAGGAAAUAUCAAAAAUGACAUGAGGACCAUCUAAUUAGAUUCUGGCAGUGAUGCAGCUUAUAGUCUGGAUGCACUGAUUUGCUAAAGAUUUCUGUAUUGCGAGAUAGCGGCACUCUAACUAUGACAACAAGCGAACACUACGUCAGCAGUCUGCUGACGAUCACAUGAUUGCGAUCCUACUGCAAAUUGACCGCUGGUGACUUAUUGGGACUUAUCCGUCAGAAAUGAUAUAAGAAACAAUUGAUUAAAUUGUGGGAGUGUUUCCAAGUCCCAUCAAUUCCAUAUUUAGGUCAUGUGAUUUAGUAUUGUACACAUGCAUGACACAUAUCUGUGCGCAGCACAAGGUAAUUUUUUGUUAAAGAUUUCAUCAGUUGGAAAUCAUACAAAGACCGAGAAGCCUUGGUGGAAUACUGCACUCUUUGAGUGCUUUUCUUGUUCCAGCUGCUGCAUCUCUUGCCUCCUCACCAUCUUUCCAUUUGUAUUGCCAUAAUGAGGCAAAAUAUUGAAAGUUCUAUAAACAGAUAUGAUUUCAACAUUAGAUUGUGCACUAUCCAGAGAGACAACAGAGAGCCAUUCAUGUCUUACACUAGGUGGAUGAGAAAGAGGUUUAUGUAUUGUUUUGUACUGUCAACAGUGUUUAAAUACACCACAAGAGUUGUCAAUAAUAAUUUUGUUUUACAUUGUGUGUGCAUAAUGACAAUUAAAGCAUUCUGUUCAAUUAAUACAAAAGUGGUUUAAUGUAGGUUACAUGAACUACAACCUGUCAAUGUAUUAUAACAGCAGCACCUGUUUCUAAGUUUACACAUUUCAUUAUUUGACCUGUGGGAUGAAGAUGUUGGAAUACUGUGGAAAUGUAUUCUAUAUGAAUUUUAUAUUGAUGUUAGAUGGUCUGCGUUUUGAUACUAAUAUUCUUUUUCCAUUUGUCCCAAUUGUCAUUGUGAAAACAUGCUGUAUAUAUCAAUAUUGAUGCUUUUGCAGAUUAUGCUUUUGCAGAAAUCAGUGACAGACAACCCUGCUUGUAUGGCCAAUCAGUAGUACAGUUCAGCAACUGAAAGUUUAUUCUUGACCUAGAGUAGUAGUUAAAUAAAAUAAUUCUAAUUCAGUGUU